AUGAACGCCAUCCGGACAUCCAAGCAGAAGCUGCGUAAGCGCAUGCACAGUGUGCUUUCACAGCUAUCUGCGUCCGCACUUACCGACCAGUCUUGCCGAGUCGCAAAGCAGGUGGUCCAGCUUUCGGCCUACCAGCGUGCCCAGCACAUCAGCAUCUACAUUAGCAUGGACUCGGGCGAGCUGCAGACUAGGCAGCUUUUGUACGAUGCACUGGAGUCCGGCAAGCGCGUGUAUGUGCCCAGAUGCGAUGGCACAUUCAUGGACAUGGUGGAGCUGCAAGGAAAGGAGGACCUGGAGUCUUUGCCGAAAAACAGGUGGGGCAUUCCGGAGCCAGCCAAGGACAGGAAGGGCGUGGAUGCCAGCGCGCUGGAUUUCAUCCUGGUGCCAGGCGUCGCAUUCGACACGGCCGGCAAUCGGUGUGGCCAUGGGAAGGGCUACUACGACAGGUUUCUGACAGGAAACCCGCAUCUGUUCAAGUGCGCGGUCUGCCUAAACGAGCAGGUGGUUGAGACUGUACCGACCGACGAGUUUGACAAGACACCAGACAUUGUCCUUGCCGCACAAGGCGUUGUGUUCCAAAGCAAGAGUGUGAAUUCGGAUACCAGCUAA